UUCAUGAGGGAAGAGGCCAGGGACAGCCAGCCAACCCCGGCUUCUCUUCUCUUCACCAAUAUUAUUCUGUAUUGCAAGCCAGGGAGCCCAAGCAGGGGGCUGCGUUAGUGUUCAUAGGAUGUCCCGUCAUGAAGGUGUCAGCUGUGAUGCAUGUUUAAAAGGCAACUUUAGAGGUCGACGGUACAAAUGUUUGAUAUGCUACGAUUACGACCUGUGUGCAUCCUGCUAUGAGAGCGGUGCUACCACAACCAGACACACGACAGAACAUCCGAUGCAGUGUAUAUUAACCCGGGUUGAUUUUGACCUGUACUACGGCGGAGAGGCGUUCUCAGUGGAGCAGCCCCAGGCCUUCACAUGUCCCUACUGUGGCAGGAUGGGCUACACAGAGAUCUCCCUGCAAGAUCAUGUGGCUGCAGAGCACACAGAAACCUCAGUAGAAGUGAUCUGCCCCAUAUGUGCAGCAUUGCCUGGUGGCGACCCGAAUCAUGUGACAGACGAUUUUGCUGCUCAUCUCACACUUGAACACAGAGCGCCCAGAGACUUGGAUGAGUCCAGUGGGGUGCGGCAUGUGAGGAGGAUGUUUCAUCCUGGGCGUGGGCUAGGUGGUCCACGAGCUCGCAGGUCAAACAUGCACUUCACCAGCAGUACCACAGGGGGGCUCUCAACCAGUCAGAGCUCCUCACAGAGCUCCAACUACAGCAGAGAGGCCAUGGACCCUAUAGCAGAACUUCUCUCCCAGUUGUCAGGGGUCCGGCGCUCGGCAGGCGGUCAGCUCAGCUCGGGCCCUUCAGCCUCUCAGCUCCAGCAGCUUCAGAUGCAGCUCCAGUUGGAGCGCCAGCAGGCCCAAGCAGCACGUCAACAAUUAGAGACGGCUCGAAACGCCACCCGAGGAGGAGGCCGAGCGAAUGCAAUUCUCAAUACAAAUUCAGCAACCACGAAUCCCAACCCCAGCGCCAACCACAAUACAAACCCCAGUCCUAACCCGGGCCCUCCUGAGUCCAAUACACAGCAUUCUGCACAUAGCUCCCAGUUUCUACUCAGCAGGCUGAGCGAACCACGGCUCUCUGAGGCCGAGCGGCAGGCAUGUGAGGCCCAAUGGGCCGACAGGAGUCUGUUCGUGACAGAGCUGCUGCUGUCCACACUGCUGCCUGACGAGGACGCCUCAGCCUCUUCCUCAGAGGACGAGGACGACUGUCACAGCUCGUUGCGGAAUUUCGCCGACUUUGAGGCCAUGGGCUGUGUUGAGGUCAUGACCUUGGACGUGGCACUGGAGAACCUCAACCUCAAGGAGACGACCCCGGCUACAAAGACAACGAAAACGACGACUAAAACGCCACCAGCGAAGAAAGAGCCUCCCGCGCCGCCCCUUUGAUGACAUGGCCGCUCCCUCCCUUCGAACCACCAUUGUACCUGGCUGACUGUGGAGUCAGCCUGACUGCCAAUGGAUGACAAAAGAGACUGCAGUUCUUUUUGGCUUUGUUUUUUUUUUUUUUUUUUUCUCAGUGAUUGUCAUUUCAGCUCUGUCGCUCCCCACUUGACCCCCAUGUUUAUUGCGUUGUGUACAUUGAAUAAAAGUAGUGAGACGAGAGAAUGUGAAAGCAAGCAAGCGUGGUGGGUGCGUGAGAGAAAGAGACAAAUAAUUAUAUAAAUAUAUUAUAGAAAAAUCUAUAUGAAAGUUGAUAAUCAAUUCCACAUAACCCGUGUUUCCUCUAGCAGAAAGCGUAGUUAGCCAUUUUUAAAGAGACAAACACGUCACACACUCACCCCGGGAGAGGAGGCGGACACAAACCUCUCCGAUAAAAACGCUGCUGUGUAUUUAUAGUUAUUAAUUAAAGAAGUGCUUGGAUGGUUUACCACAACUUAAGCAUGAGCUUAAAUCACCAUGUGCCCAUUUUUAACUGCACAGUCACUAGGCGGGGAGGUCUUUCUCUUUUGUUUGGACACCUGAGUAACUGUAAAGUAACGGUGCUGGGUGCCACAUGGCUGGCAUUCCCGCGCUACACUCACAGACUGAUGGCUGCGUUUGGUUACGUUCAUGUCCAGUCUCAACCCCACUCCUCCCCUUCGUGUGACAUCACCUGUUUUGGGUCACGAGACCUUGCUUUAUAUCGACUGUGGGCACUUUGGUUUUGAAAUGCAUAUCCAGUGUCCAUUUGUGUACACUACAGAUGCUCUACAAAAAGGCGUUACACAACUAGGAGGCAAACAGAGAUGAAACCAUCUCUUCAGCGUGACUGUUUUCAGGCCUUUUUCUAACACGAAAGAGACACAACACAUACGGUUUUUUGUUUUUCUUUUCCUCUCUCUCUCUUUCUCUUUCUUUCUCUCUCUCUUUUACAGAAGACCAGAUGCUUCAUUCUCAAGCUUCCCGUGAUCUGAAGAUUAAUCUUCUCUCCAUUACUCAUGAAUGCAAAGAUUUACUCAUGUGACUUGAAGGAGAGAACCCUGUAUCGCUCUUUCCAUGAAAUUCUCUCAGUCAAAUCGAUCUUUGUAUGCCUCCACUGCUACCUGAAGAAAUGCAAUGUAUGUUUUUUGGCUCAGCAAACAAGCCAAAUCACAGGGUAAACCUUUGUUUGGAGGACAAUAAAAUGUUUUGAAUGGAAAUGAACUA